AUGGAAAAUACGGCUGGGAUGAUCAACCUGCCCAAGGUCACAGAAUCAUAUGUGGCAGAUUCAAGACCAGUGAACAGUGAGGGUGGGAACCUGGAACUUUUAUGGAGAAUCAGGCCUUUCAUCAACACACAUGAAAUUAAGAGCAGUGACCCCCUGCUGCUGGGAGAUAGCCAAGGGGAAAGCAGAAGCCAGAGGGAAGCGGGGACGCCUAAAUGCGGCGGGAGCCACCCGGGAACGGUUUCCUCCUGGGGCGCGCCGGUACGAAGCCGGAACCGGCGAGGAACGGGACUGCGAGGGAGAGGAGUCCGUGCGGAGCAGGGGGAAGCGCGAAGCAGAGAUGGAAAGGAGGUGGCGCGGGCUGGGGGUCUGAGACGCUGGGGUAGGGGAAGAAGAGCGGGAGGGGGCGCGAGCGCACACCCGCCCCGGCCCUACCUUGUCCGGGAGCAGCUCCUGCUCAGCGGGGCGGGGGCGGGAGAUCCCGGCCGCAUCCACGUCCCGGCCGCUCGGCGCGGCUCAGCCCGGCGACCGCCGCCGCUCCCGCUCCAUACGUUGCUCCGCGACGGGCGGCCCGGGGGUGUCGGCGGCGGGGGAGUCACCGGCACCGCUUGUCUCCGGCACUUGUUGCCGCCACCGCCACUGCGACUCUCACUCCCGGCUCCAGCUCCCGGCGCCGCCGCCGCCGCCGCCGCCGCCGCCGCCGCCUCUGGGCGCCCGGGUCCGGCCCCGCCUUCGCCCCCGCCCCGCGCGCCAAUCAGGCCCGGCACCACCCCUCACGUCACCGCCCAGCCGGGCCCGCAGCCCGGCGCCCCAAGUUUGGGGAAGGCCGAGCUCCAGCCUGUCUGCCAGUUGGCGCCCGAGAUUCGCCCAGGCUGGUGCUCCUCCUAGCUUCCAGAGACCCUCCGGGGCUUCCAGGGCCACACGUGGAAAGUAAAGGGUUAAAUUGGGGGGAAGGGGCCCCCAGGAAGUAGACCUCCUCGGAAGAACAGGACAGUUCGACCCUAUUCCAACCCCGGUCUAACCGAAAUCUCUCCAAUUGCAGGUCGCCCCUCUUGCGGUGCGCCUGAUGUUGGGGGACUAAGCCUACAGCCUGGGUAGGACUCCAGUGAUCUUUUCCAGCCAGAACCAGUUUGUGACUGGGCCUAGACUGGACCACAGCCGGCGUUCCAGUGCUUGGAGAAUUUCCUCGAGGUUCCACGCGCGUCUUGGAAGCCAGAAAAGCAAGGUGUCCAGACGCUGCGCCUUCAACCCGCGCCGCCGCCCAGAAGGGCAGGGCAGACACCUAGCAGCUAACUCUGACACACACCUUCGGCUCCCCACUACCGGUGAGGACUUGGCGUCUACGACUCCCGCCGGCCGAAACACCUGGAACCACAGACGCACCUCGGCCCAGCGCCCCUGCUGGCUCGCCAGAGCACUGCAUUCUAAGGAAGAAAGAGAGCCCCUUUACCUGACCAGACCGACCAGACCCGGCAAUUAAGGACACUCCACCUUCAAAUAUGUGCAUUUUUCAGAAGGCUUUCUGAGGAGGAAUUAGCCGAAGGGGAAAGAAAUGUAAAUGCAGGGAUUUCGGGCACCUAGGAGUUCAGCCUUUUCCACUGUGGGCCCUUACUCUGAUCCAAGCUCCGAGCAAAAGACUAUUUUGCAGCUGGAUGCACUGAGCCACGUGGGUACACGCUUUUAGAAACAGGAAUUCGGAGUCAGAUCUGGGAAAAUUUUUAUUUUCAGCCUUCAGACCUUUUUGCUUUUAUGUUGAUCCCAUGAUUCUCCUAAGACUGAAAUAUGAAAGUUCAAGAAACAAGUUGGAUUUUGUAUAUUCAUAGAAAAACAAAAAGGAUGCACACUGACUGCUAACCACGGGUAUCCCAAGUGUGGGAUUGGAGUGUGGGAAGGAGGGAGAUGAAUUUUAUACCCUUAUACUGACUCUGCAUUUUGUAUUUUUCCAGUUAUAUUAACUGUCACAAUUUAGAAAGGUAAUAAAACAUUUUAAGAAAUAUAGAAAUUAAAAAUUCUUCAAGAACUCUGGAGAAAGUAUAAAUUAAUAAACAAAUGAAGCCUCUGCUUUCAUUCUACAUCAAAGUAAUUAUUCCUGAGUCCAUGUUCCUUAGUUUAAAUAAAGAUAUCUCUAGGCUGCUAUUCUGAUUAAAUGCUGUGGUGGGACAAGACUGACAUCUGAAGAUUUUUCUGUGCUGUCAGAUUGACAUACUGUUUCUAUGCCUGUGUGUCUUCCCUUUAAAUGGGUACCCGGUAGCCACAGACAUACCUUCAGCUGCCUACCAAUGAGUUUUUAGUAAAGGAACUGCUACAGCGUAAGUUGAAAUCCAACAAGGAAAUUAAGCUUGUGUCCUUUGUAUCUGCCCAGGCCCCAAAAUUUAAAAAUAAGGGCAUUCUCUCCAUCCUGCCAUUAAUUAAUGCAGCUGGGAGUGUAUCUGUAACAGUUAACACUGUUCCUUUGGGGGAAUUACUCAACACUAAGUUCCACACCCACUUGGCUGUAGUCUUUACUCUUGGGUUGGGGCCUGGGUCCAUCAUCAGUAGGUAAAGAUGUAUUACUUAUUUGUUUAACAAAUAUGUGUUGACACUGGAGUGGUGACCAUGACAGACAAACUCUUCCCUCUUGGAGCUCACAGUUUAGCUGGAGAGAGACAGGUUCACAAUUCAAUGCACUGUCAAUUAUAUAACUGACAAUUGCAGAAGUUCACGGUGGUGGGACCAUUUGGGGGAGUCCAGGAGGAGGUGACAUUUGAGUUGAGCUCUGAAGGGUGAGCAGGACUUACUCAGGCAAAGAGAUGAGUGGAACAGAGUUCCUGGCUGGUUUAUACCGCAAGGGGGAUGUGGUUGAGGGAGAGGUUGGAGAGGUAAGCAGGGGCUGCAUUUUGCAGGGCCUAGAAUACCAUGUUCUAUAAGAUCACUCUGACCAGAUGUGAAGAAGGAAAAGGGUAGAGGGAAAAGGGGGGUUGAGGGAUAAUUAGGAGGCUGUUGCUAAAAUAUAAAUGAAAGUGCUGUUUAUCUAAGUGGUAAAGCAAAUGGAGAGAAGAAUACCAGCAGGAUUUGGUGAUUGCUUAAUUAGGGAGGAAUCAAGGAAAACUCCCAGUUCUCUGUUUCUUCAAGCAGAGGGACAGUGGUGCCACUUUCUCAUUUGGGGGACUCUCAAGGAAGAGAAUUGAGAAAACCUUCCCAAGGUUCACAUUUGGUCAAGGUGGGUCUGAGGUGCCCGUGAGGUGUCCAAGUGAAGAUGUUGAGUAGGUUGUUGGUUGUAGGGUCCUGUUCUCUGAGGGGAGACUGAAACAGAAGUAGUAAGUAGCGGUGGUAAUAAAACCAGGAGAAUAAGGUGGCCUCCCAGGAGAGUAUAGAGCAUGACCAGAAGAGGGCCUAGGACUUAUCUAAAGGCUGGACAGAGGCAAACUACUGGCAGAUGAAGUGGAGCAGUUGCCAGAGAGGUAGGAAGAAAAUUAGGAGCUUGGGGAGGUAGGGAUUUCCCAGGGAAAGAACAUAUAAUAAGGAGGCAGUAGUCAACAACACUCAAAAUGGCUGAGAGACCCAAGGGAAAUGAGGACUAAACAGCCACUAGAUUGACUGACCUUGGUGUCACUGGGAGUUUCACAGAGCAGUGACUCAUACAGUGAAGGGCAAAGAGAUAGACUGUAGUGGAUUGAGGAGUGAGUGAGAGGUAAAGAAAUGAAGAAAGGUACUUCAUGCAGACAGAAAAGUUUGAAGGGUCAGAGAGAAGAACAGCUGGAGAGGAAAUGUGUCAGCAGUGGGUUUAGGAUAGAAUAACUUGAGUGUAUUUAAAUGCCCAUAUGGAGGAUCCUAUAGAGAAGAGGAAGAUGAAGGUAUAGCAGUGAGAGAACAAUGGACAAUAAAGUUUCCUGUGACCAUGGCAGAGGACAGAACCAGAGUAUGGGUCGAAAGGCUAACCUCUUGCAGGAUGCUACCUCCUCUAUUAUAACGGGAGGGAGGAAGUUAGAGGAGGACUGAAGUAGGCAGGUUUGGUGUGGGACAUAGAAUCCUUCCACAGGAUAAUUUUCUCUUGCUCUGUGACAGAUUUGAAGAGAGCAGAGAAGGUGUGGCAGAGUCAUUGCAGAGCGUGGGAAGGUUGGGAGGUGGCAAGAUGAUAAGGCAGCAUGGCAAGACAGAAUGCAACCCACUUGAGGUUGGUGGUGUCAACUUAUGAGGUACCCUUUGGCUCUCCUGUGUGAUUUCCUCCAGCAGAGCUCAGGUGUUUGCUCUGGUGCAGGUUCAGCUGGGAAGAGGAGCAAAUUCCUUUUGCCAAGGAAUUAAGAACCUUGGCAAAAGUGAGGUUGACAUGAUGAAUGAUAAGAGAGAAAGGACAGAAAUCAAUGGGCUGGAGGUGUCAAAGGAGUCAAUGUUUAGUCAUGUUGGAAGAAGAGGAGGUUGCUGACUUGGGUCAGCAGUCUGGAUGCUUAAGUUAGUAGUUCAGGAGGUGGAGAGCUUUAGGUCAUGGCGAAGCCAGGAUAUGAUAGGGGAGAGUAGAGGAGAAAGUCACUGGAGAAUAUGAGGCCACCAAGGAACUGAGAGGCAGGGUAUUGGAGAGGUCAUCCGUGUGGGCAGUGAAGCCACUCAGGAAGAUAUGGGCAGGAAUUAAAGUCAGGGUCAUAGUGUGAAGGUUAUGGAGGUGGGAGCUAAAGUCUUAAGAAAGUGAAGAAGGAGGAGGAACCAGGAGUUCGGAAGAUGGGAACCACCAGAAAGGAAGAAGAAAUACGGCUAGCAGCGGUCUCCUCAAGAGUGGAGGAAUAAGAGUGUUUACAAGAGGUGGAGGAGAAAUAAUCAGAGAAAGAGGACUAACCCCACCUCUGGGCCCUGGGGGACACACAGAUGAAAUAGUGAGCACCUUCGUCUCCUAGAGCUUCAGGGAAAGCAAAGAAGGUGGGAUUUCAUUCUGAGUAGAGAGCUUAAAGAUAUAUGGAAGGGUGGAUGGAGCCACCUUCAAUUUGGUUUGCUUGUUGAAGUCUACAGUCCCAGAGGAUUACAUAAAAAGAUUUGGAGGGUGGGAGUGAGUAGAGGUGGGAGGUCAGAUGCCAGGAAAAGCAAAAGAUUGUGCCAAAAAGAUGGUGGCUAGAGGAUCCACGAGAGAAUGAUAAUGGAAAGAGAAAUGAAUGGUCUCUAUGAAGCCUGACCCCAUAGCUCUAUAAGCCAGGGCAACUUCCCCCUCACUUGUUUUGCCCCAAGAUUUCCAUCAGGGAAAGGCAUGUGAGGCCUCCCUUCCCCUUCCUCCUCUUCUCCACUAGAAACUUUGCUGUCAACACAUGAGCUCUUACGGGACUCUGGCCACAAGUCAGGAAUCCCAGGCUUAUCUCUCCUCUGCUACUCACCUUGCCUCUUCCUCAAGCAGGUUGUUGACCUCUCCUGUCUCAGUUUCAUUGUCUGUAGACGCUGAAACACACACGCUUCUCAGGGCAAUUAUAAAGAGUGGAGACAAAAACUUAAGUAAAAGCACUUUCUAGGGGCACCUGGCGGCUCUGU